AUGCCCCGAGCUAUUGAGAAGGUGGCGGGAUUUACACCGAACAGCUUGACUACAAAUUACUUGCUUGUACCACAUUUGAAAUCAAUUCAUAAAUUGUCACCUCCAUCUCAUCUCUGUCCAAGAUUCAAGUUACAAUCCAUCAUGUUUCGAGGCGCGCCUGUGAAUCCAUACGAUGAGGUAGUCAUCAAAGCAACGGACGAAGCUCAAACAUCCGAAAACUGGUCGGGUUUUAUCGAAGUAUGCGAUAAGGUGAUGUCAGAUAAGACUCCCAAUGGUCCUCGCGAUUGUAUUGCAUCAGUUCAAAAAAGGCUUCAACAUCGAAAUGCAAAUGUACAACUUUUCUGCCUGACCUUAACGGAGGCAUUGGUCAAGAAUACGAACGAAAACUUACACAAGGAGGUCUCAAGUCGUGCUUUCAUGAAAGUUUUAUCCGGAUUGGUUCAAGAUCGUUAUACGCAUGAGAAGGUCAAGAAGCGUAUCCUACAAUGUUUGAAAUCAUGGUCGGAUGAUUUUCAUGGAAAGGUCAACUUAGGGCUGGUCGAAGAGACCGUUGAAGAGCUCAAGUCAAAGGGGUACCAAUACGAGGAAGAAACUGAGCCAGUGACCCAUCCACCGGACGACAUCUUGAAGCGAGAGGAAGAGGAACUACAACGGGCGUUGGCUGAAUCGGAACGUGAGGCCGAAUGGAUGAACAUGGCCGGUGUCGGGAAGUUUCCUUCCAGCUCGAAAUCCGAGUCUCUCGUAGGACCAACCGGUUACAUUCCAUCCUCAGUUCACAACCGAAUGAACGCACAAACCUCAUCUGCUCAAGGUCGCCAAGAUCAUCACGAUCCUACUCCUCAACCUAUUUCCGCGGCCCAACAAGCCCCUGUGCUGAAUUACCCUGUGCCCACGGAGGCAUUCUCCCGUGUAUCCCUGCAGGAUGGACCUCCUGUAGCCGAUGAAGUAUCUUUACAUCCUCCAACUGGUGCCGAGCUUUACCCCAUGCGUACCCUGAGCAAACCGGCGCCGCGCCGAGUCAAGGCUCUUUACGACUUCGAGCCGAACGAGGAAGGAGAGCUGGCUUUCAAAGAAGGUGACCUGAUCCGCGUGAUCGAUUCUGCUUACAAGGACUGGUGGAAAGGCGAGUAUCGAGGGCAGAUAGGAAUAUUUCCAGUCAAUUAUGUAGAACCUAUUCCGGAUCCCACUCCAGAAUCAUUAGCCAGAGAGGCAGAAGCAGAGGCUAUAGUGUUUGCACAAGCCAAUGAGAUUGACCGUCUACUUCAAAUGAUGCAAACUUUGGACGCCAAGAAAGAUAACUUGGCUGACAAUGACGAAUUAUCGGAGCUUUAUCAACAAACAUUGUCACUUCGACCAAAGAUUGUACGACUCAUUGAAAAAUAUACACAGAAGAAAACCGAACUUUUGCAGAUCAAUGACAAGUUUAUGAAAGCCAAGACGACAUAUGACACUAUGAUCGAGGAAAGCCUCGCGAAAUACCACCCAGGCGGUUUACCUUACCCAGGUCAACAGAACUAUCAGCAUUCAGGUGGUCUUCCGGGAGUAACAGUACAUCCAACAUAUCCGGCGCAGGAGACACUGGCCCCUGAUGGCAUUGACACCAGUCGCUAUUACCUGGCCUCGGAUGGAAACUGGUACGCAUACUCACCCGAACAACUUGCAGCUAAGGCAUCCUCUCCACCCCAGGGCACUCGCCCCUCUCAAGUCAACCCUAGCUCGACUGCAUAUCACCACCGCCCGGCCAACGCACCACACCAGUCUUCCGGUACCAAUGUUCAUCAUCAACAGUCUCUCGGAGGUGAGGCGCACCUUGAGAGUUCAAGGCCAGCAGGUGGGGUGGGAGGGUUCACAGCUUCACCCAGUGAACAACCGCAAUAUGGAGCGUGGCCUGGUUAUCCAGCUCACACUCAGCAACCACCGCAACCAUCAGCAUCCGUGCCAACUCAAUGAGUACAUUAAAUUAUUUUCUGACGGCCAUUAGUCUUGCUCAUCUCAAUAUACAUCCUAUAAAACAAAACAAACCAUGUUUUGUUUGCGAGCACUUAUGUCAUCACGUCACGGCGCUGUUCAAGUGACUACUAAUUAUUGUCCAAAUCCUUUUAACUUUUCAUCUCGUAACUCAUAGCAAUCGGUAUGACAACACACCUGCCUGACUACACUGAAACGUCUUCGUCAAUCGAGCUGUUGUAGAUCGUGAACAAUGUCCUAUUCUGUACUACUAUUUUCAUGACCAUCACUC